AUGGUUCGUGGACAUUUCGAUCAAGCUUCAUCACAUGUUCAAUGGAUGAUUAUUCGUAAUAAUUCAUCAUUUUUACAAAAACGAAAAUUGGGCACAUAUACAACAGAACCAAACAAUUUAAAAAACCGUAAUAACUUCCGUUAUAAUGGUCUUAUUCAUCCAAAAAUAGUCGGUGUUGAAGCUGCUAAAGAAGGCAAAGGUGUUGUCUUUUCAACCGGUUCCGUUAAAAAUGUAAGAAAACCAUCUAAACGUUUACAUAAGGUUCAACUUACAAAGGACUCACGUCGUACAUUGACCAGCAUUCGACGAACAAUCCGUAAACAAUGCUAUCGUAAAGAUCUUAAGAUGGCUGCUCUCCGUCGAGCAUCAGCUUUACUUCGUGGUCAACGAUUAGCUUUAACAACUGCUACACCCACAAAAGCAGCCACUAAACGUUCAGGAAAGAACGCCACAGCAGCAGCAACAACGGCAUAG